CCGAGAAGUUGUUCUUGCUUGGUGUGUGUACAGUCCGAGAGGGAGUUCACUAACUAGACAACACUGGGCAGUUCAUUGAUAUUGAAACCUUCUGGAGCGCCUCAGUUAAUCAAGUGUCACGCUGGACAGACAGUGGCUUUUGUGGAUGUUCUGGAAUUUUAACCAGUCAAACAAAAACUAAACUCGCUGGCUUCAGGAUGUUUCUGUUCUCUAAAAAGAAGAAACCCAGCGAGGACUCCAAGAAACGCCUGGAGUACCAGCUGUGCUUGGCCAAAGAAGCAGGUGCUGAUGACAUUCUGGACAUUUCUGCCUGUGAACUUUCAGGGGUCCCCUCCAGUGCCUUCUCCAUGUGUAAAGUACUUCAGAAGAAAGUAUUAAUUCUUCAUGGAAAUGAACUAAGGUCACUUGUACCUAAAGGUUGCUGCAUUAGUGCCUUAGCAAAUUUAAAGGUGUUGGACCUGCAUGAAAAUAAACUUGCAUCACUUCCUGAUGACAUAGGGCAGCUUUUGUCCUUGCAGGUGCUGAAUGUAGAAAAGAAUCAUAUAAAACAGCUGCCGGACUCUAUAGGUUAUCUACGGCAUCUACAAACACUUAACGUGAAAGGGAACUGCCUUACUGUGAUUCCUGUGUCUGUGGGUUGCAUGAGCAGCCUGCGUACACUGGACCUAAGUGAGAACAGCAUCAGAGAACUGCCCAAAGAACUGGCUUCUGUCCGCACUCUGGAAAACCUGAUCCUGGACGCACAUGUUAUGAGAUAUCCUCCUGUGUCAGUGUGUAUAGGUGGCACAGCGGAAGUGCAGCACUACCUCUGCUCAGAGAUGGGUCUGGAUUAUUGCCCUCCAUCCCAGUAUCUCCUGCCAGUGCUGGAGCAUGAAGAAGUGAGGCAAGAUUUAGAUUGUGUUGAUGGUGAGGAGAUGGCAUGGCAGAGCAAAUUCAUGGACUAUGAAAAGAGGAAGGAGCAGAAACAGCUGGUGAAGUUGAUCUUUGAGAAAGAGUUACAAGAGAAACAGAGAGAGCACACUCAGCUUCUCCUCCUCAACAACUCCCACAAAGAGGACGUCCUGCUGUCUGUCAAACAGGAGCAGGAACGGUUGGAGUUAGGUGUGUCUCAGCAGCAGAAGGCCCAGGAAGCAGAGAGGCAGAAAAUGCUGGUUAAAGUACGCCAGGCAGAGAGCAUGAGCCGUGUCUCGGACCUUCUGCUCGAUAACAAACGACAGGCAGAGAGUGCCGCAUUUCUGCAAGCUCUGGAGGAGGACCGAAUACGCAUGGAGCACCUUACUGCCAUCACACAUGAAGAAGCUGACUCUUUGAGAAAGAAGGAGGUGGCAAGUGCCAUGCAGAGGAUGCUGUCUGAGAGCUACUCUCUUCGAUUACUGCAGGAAGCCAGUGAAGCCAAGAAACAGAUUAUGAUUUCUGAGGCCAGCAAGAGUUUGGACUGUUUAGAUAUGAAGUUUGACCAAGUGUUGUCCCUGCAGCAGCUAGACAAAAGCAAAGCCAUUAGGCAGAUCCUUCAAGAGGAGGAAAUGCAGAAAGCUGCCUUUAAAGCUCUUCAGCUCCAGAAAGACAGUGUGCAUGCUUACAUUCGCAAUCAGAUUAAACUCAUAGAGGCAGAGUUAAUGCAACUUACAAAGCUGGAGGUUAUGAGGAGGAAUUUGGACACUGAGAACCUGCAGGAGGUUCUAUCUGAGCAGAGGACAGCUCUGACUGACCUGCUACAGCAGUUAUUGAAACAGAAGGACCAAAGAGAGGAGGAUCUCAGGCUGGUUCUGAUGGAGAUGGAGCAGAAGAGUGAAUCCAAUCAGCAAAACUACUGGAUGAUCCAAUACCAAAGACUCCUGGAUGCCAAACCGCUGUCUCUGCGUAUGCAGGAGGCAGCUGUGGAUAGGGAAAUUGGAAAUUUGCUCUGCAAGCUCUCUGCUCAACACUAUCUGCCAGUCAUUGCUCACCACAGAAUAACUGCUGAGGCCUUGCGUCACAUGACCAGCAAAGACCUCAGCAAGCUUGGAAUCAAUGAGGUUGGUGUUCAGAAAGCUCUUCUCCACUGGGCCAGGGAACGCACUCUGUCUGAUCCAUUCCCCAAAGCAGCCAUAGAGGUACAGGAAACUGGUCCGUCUACUCCUAGCGCCCCACUACAGCAGCAUCUCACUCCUCCACUCACCCCUGUCACCCCCUCAUCCCCCAAUCUUAAUGGACCCAGCAGCUCCGAAUGUGUGGUGUGCAUGGAACAUGAGGCACAGAUGAUCUUCCUGCCAUGUGGGCAUGUGUGCUGUUGCCAGACCUGCAGCAAUGCCCUGCAGUCCUGUCCUUUGUGUCGUGAUUGUAUAUCUCAACGUGUCCGCCUUUACCACGGCUGAAGCAGCAGAGCUUUCACAAUGUCCUUCAAUGGUCUAUAACUCAUUCAUUGAUGUUGUACCUUUCUCCCAUUUGCUGCAUGAAAUUGCAAUGUGUGAACCUUCAAGCACUUUAAAAGUUAAUGAAUUUUAUCAUAUUCUCCAACUACAACUAGAGGAACUUAUCCAGUAUUCCUGAUUUAAACUUAGGAAGAUAUAUGCUGAUAUAAAAAUAUGCCAUGUUGAUCAUGCAUUUUAUAUACACGUACCUGCUUAAGUCGAAGCACUUGUGCCUUUUCUAUUUAAUGUCUACUCAUUUUCCCACUGCAUUUAAUUAGCUGCAUGUUCUAGUAGAGCUAAAUCUCUAGCCAAACACUUCCCUUCACACUAUCAAGUUAUUCAAGUGUUUGCAUGGUUCAAAAUGACUAAUCUCCACCAUUUCCCUACAGCGGCAUCAGAAAGUAUCUAUAUACUUUAUUUUAAUGUUAUAGAGAACAGACUUCUAGAGUCUCUUACUGGAUUGGGUAAAGCCCCAUUUGUUUUUACUUGGCAGAACAGGAAGUAUUAGAUAGAAAGUAAAAUCUUUCUGAAGGCACUAAACAAUCUAUUACUCCAAGGACUUAACCUAACAAAAGCACUUUCCAUCUUUUAUACGUCGUGUCAACUGUCCGGCCUCAGUGACUUCGGUGACCAUAUUCAGUGAAAAGUAUUACACAAACGCCCUCUUUUUACAUCACUUGUGUGUACUCCGUAUCUUUUUUCAUCCAAGCACUCUUAUGUGCAAGUCUGCUUCUCAAGUCACUUCUUUAUAGAACAAAAAAUAACUCAAUCUGCCCACAUGUCUGUAAAUAAAGCAAUAAUACAUGUCAUGGAAUGAUCUUGAAAUAGUAUUUAUCAGCAUGAAAAUCACAUCCCUAACUGUUAAUGUGUGCUUGGGUGCAAUACAGUUAUUCUUUAUGGACCAGACAGUUUCCUUCAUGUACUUGCAGUACAGCUCUAAUUGCACCUCUCAUUUAAGAAAAAAAUAGCAUUUUUGAAUUUUUAAGUAGAUUGUACUAUCUUGUGUUCAUGGUAGUUUAUGUACCAAAAAAAAGGGCUUUUAAAUUUUAGUAGCAGGGGUUAGUAUAACCUUUGUAUUGUCUUUCUAGGAACUGGUAGAUGUUAUGGUUAUUUGAUAAUACACACACCUCCUUGUGACCCCCAAAGUAAGAUUGAAGCUCAAUGUAAAAUAAUUUGUGUAACCAUUACAUGUUUCCCUGUGUUAUUCACAUAUUCAUAAUAGUUCAUAUUUCUACCCAACCCACCAGAUCUAGUACUGUCUGUUCAUUUGUAAGAAUAUAUGGGUUAUCACUGCUGUCAGACUACAGGAAAAUAAACCUGCUAGACAAUGUGUCAUAGUGACAAUUUUUUAAAGAACUCCCUUGUACACACACAUACACAUGCAUAUAUAUAAAAGUUACAUUCUGUCUGUUAUUACAUAUUUAACAAUUAUGUUAUCUUUUUUUCUUCUUCCAUUUACUUGUGCCUGCCUUGCACUAUUUACAUAAUGGAUUAAUCAAUAUUGGCCAUCAAAGUUAGUUAUUUUUAGCCUUACAGUUUGCCCAAGCCAAAAAUACAAGCACUGUUUUCUUUCAUUGCAACAAACUGAACAAAGAUCAGCAAUCUAUUUGACAACUGUUGUGAAACCCAAGUUUUAAAACUAUUGUGCCCACUAUUCCAAUACUUACGAUUUCAAAGAGUGCUUACUCUCUACAGUGUGCAUUCAGUUUAUAUUCAGCAGAAUGCUUUGCUCUAACGUUUAGCCUAU